AUGUAUCGUGCUGUUCGAGUCACACGCCCGGAUAACUUUUUACAGUGUAUACUUUGGAGAAAUGACAUGCAAGAACCAUUGAAAGUAUUUAAGCUUGAUACGGUGACUUAUGGCACAAAGCCAGCAGCAUUCCUGGCAGUCCGUGCUAUGCAGCAAUUAGCAGUUGAUGAAUCAUUAAACUUUCCUAUUGGUUCCAAAAUUACUCUUCGAGAUUUUUAUGUUGAUGACUUAAUCUCCGGUGGCAAUUGCAUUGAUGAUGUUCAAGACAUUGUGAGACAAACCACUGCAUUGCUCAAUAAAGGGAAUUUCAAACUAAGGAAAUGGUGUUCAAAUCAAUUAUCUGCACUUGAUGAUAUUCCAGAAGACGAUAGAGAGCCAUUGCUUAAUUUCGAUGACGGCAGCGAAUUCACAAAAACUCUUGGUCUGCUGUGGGAUCCAACCAAUGAUAAAUUUUUAUUUACCUUUGCACCACAUCAACACUCAAGGCGUACUACAAAGCGCUCUGUGCUUUCUGUUAUUGCCCGACUUUAUGACCCGCUUGGUCUUGUUGGUCCCUUGAUAUCAAAGGCAAAAAUAUUUUUACAGUGUUUAUGGAAACACACACUCGACUGGGACGAGAGCCUUCCGAACCAACUCCACACUGCAUGGACUGACCUCUACAAUCGUCUCCAUAUAAUUCAAAGACUAGAAUUUCCUCGUUGUGUUUCAAUCUCUCAUGCAUCACUCGAAUUACAUGCCUUUUGUGAUGCUAGUUUGAACGCAUAUGGCGUUUGCAUCUAUGUUGUUUCGAAGCACGGAAGUUCUGAGUCUGCCAAUUUGCUUUGUUCAAAGUCUCGAGUAGCACCAUUAAAAACAUUGACAGUACCAAAAUUAGAAUUAUGUGCCGCAGCUUUAUUAGCUCAACUAAUUCACCAAAUUUCAAGUCUCAAUAUAUUUAACGCUGAAAUUCACUGUUGGUCUCACUCAUCUAUAGUGUUAUCCUGGAUCCGAUCUGAACCGUCUACCUUCAAUGUAUUCGUGGCCAAUCGAGAGAGCAAAAUUCAACAUUUGACUAAAGGGAUGACAUGGCAUCAUGUUCUCACUGAUUUAAAUCCCACAGACAUCCUAUCUAAGGGAGCGACUCCAGACGAACUUUUAACUUCAUCACUUUGGCAAUGUGGAACUCCAUUCUUGCUUGGAGAUCGAAACAAUUGGCCUAUGACUUAUCACCUGCUGUAUGAUUUGCCUGAAAAACGCAAGGCAGUUCUUAUUUCAACUGUAAAAACAAAUGACAUUUCGAUUAAUUGGAAAUUUAUCAACAAUUUUUACAAAAUACAACGUAUAUUUGGGUAUGUCCACAAAUUCAUCAGCAAGGAGCGAUCUACUAUUUUAACAGCUAAUAACAUACAGCAAGGCACAUUCAUAUUAAUUCGAACAGUGCAAAAGGCGAAUUUAUGGAAUGAAUAUCAUAAUUUGGAAUGCAAAAAAUCAAUUAGUUGCUCAAGUAACUUAUUCUCCUUAACUCCAUUUUUAGAUGAUCUUGGUCUACUUCGUGUUGGUGGACGACUAAAAAACUCUAACCUAGGCUUUAAUGCACAACAUCCAAUUAUACUACCUAAGCAUCAUCCGCUCACUGUUUCAAUCAUAAAUCAUUUUCAUCGCAAAAUGCUGCAUGCAGGUCCACAAUCAUUGCUUGCUUCAAUGCGUCUUCAAUAUUGGCCAAUAGGAGGUAGAAAGCUAGUAUCCAAGGUCAUCAACCAAUGUAUUAUAUGUUUCCGAGCGAAACCAAUAACUGCAAGGCAUAUCAUGGGACAAUUACCAAAAGAUCGUGUUCAUGCUAAUCGUGCUUUCAUCAUUACUGGCACGGACUUUUGUGGUCCUUUUUAUUACAAGUCCGAAGUUCGCAAUAAGUCUCCAAGCAAAUGCUAUGUUUGUUUAUUCAUUUGUUUCGCGACCAAAGCUGUCCAUCUUGAAUUGGUCAAGGAUUUAACAACAUCAGCAUUUCUAGCCGCAUUACAGCGUUUUAUUUCAACUCGUGGCAAACCAAAAAUCAUUUGGUCAGAUAAUGCUACAAAUUUUUGCGAUGCCAAAAAUCAGCUUGCUGAGCUCAGGAGACUUUUCUUUACUCAAAAACAUCAUGAGCUGCUUCACCAUCAAUGUCUCAGUGACAGUAUCGAAUGGAAAUUCAUACCUCCUGGAUCGCCACAUUUCGGCGGCCUCUGGGAAGCUGCCGUAAAAACAGCCAAAUAUCACUUUUGUCGAGCGGUUGGCUUAGCAGUUUUAGACUUCGAUGAACUACGCACUUUGGUUUGCCAAAUUGCUGCUAUUAUCAACUCUCGUCCGCUCUGCCCGCUUUCAGAAUGUCCGGAAGAUCUUGAUGUUCUCACACCUGCUCACUUUCUAAUCGGUGCCCCGUUAACAUCAAUCAUUGAGCCUGACACUACGGUCUUGAAUGUUAACCGGCUUGAUCGCUGGCAGCGCAUUUCAUAUAUUCAACAAAUUUUUUGGAAACGCUGGAGUACCGAAUAUCUUACACAGCUACAAGAGCGAUCAAAAUGGCGAAGGCCGACUCCAAAUAUAUCACUUGGUGCAAUAGUUCUUUUAAAGGAUGACAAUCUCCCACCAUUUUGCUGGCCGCUCGGUAGAGUUAUUGAAGUCAUAUCUGGUCCUGAUGGUGUCAUUCGUGUAGCGGUAGUGCGCACAAAACAUGGUGUUUUUAGACGCACUGUCACGAAGCUCUGUAUCUUGCCUUUAAAUGAUUUCUCUUGGAACGCGACUGUUCCAAUGGGGGGAGAAUGUUCGUGA